ACGGUACCUACAGAACUCAUUUGUAUAUUUUACCUAAAAAAAAAUAAAAUUGCAAAAUCUUUUUGCUUGUUUUUCUUUAUCAUAUAAAAAUUGCAAAAAUUAAAUAUUAACAUAAUAAUAAAGUUAAUAUUAUUAUUCUUUCAAUACGAUACUAAACACCCAGCAAACACAUUUACAAUUCCACUCAUUUUAUAAUUUCUCUGCUAGAGAAGAUUUUUUGUGCGCAAUUUUCCAGCCCUACAAUUUGGGAUAAUGGCUAAUAACUCAAAUAAGCAGCAAUCAAAAUCGUCGAAAGAAAACAACAAUUUGCCCCGAAAUGUCCAACGCGAACUCAAAGCCAAAAUAACCCAUUUCUUAGACUAUGGAGAAACUGAAACUUUAACUCUAACCGGCCUGCCAAAUGAUCACCGAAAGUUUCUUCACAAAUAUGCGGCAUCCAUUGGCCUCAAAUCGAAGAGCUCUGGCGGCAAAGAUAAACGGGAAUUACACAUUAGUCUACGCGCAAAACGAAUAACAUUAGGACACAAAAAACUAUUGGGUUUAUCCGAUGAGACAAGAACUUAUUUCGAUAAGUCUGUUUUGCAGGAAUUAAAAGAGAAAAUGCUUGAAGAAAGCAUCGAAAAUUGCGAACAAUCACGCAGUCGAUUUCGCAAGGGUUGCUUGUUGCUGCAAUUGGGUCCACGUCUCGUGCCGCCAAGACCACAGCGAGUUAAUCCACAAAUACAGCGAGAUCGAAUGGAUUUGCCAAUUGCCAUGUAUCAGACUGCAAUUAAUGAUGUGCUUCGUAAUAAUUCUGUGGUUAUUAUAAAUGGCCAAACUGGAUCGGGAAAGACUACCCAGGUUCCACAGUAUAUUCUUGAAGAGUGUACAAGGUUGAAUAAACCAUGUCGGAUCAUUUGUACACAACCACGACGUAUAGCAACUGUAACUGUGGCCAAUCGUGUUGCUGAAGAACGUUGCGAGCCGAUUGGCGAAACUGUUGGCUACCAAAUACGUUUAGAAAGUCGCAUGCGCAGAACUACAAAUCUUAUUUACACAACCAGCGGUUGUGUUUUGCGAUCUAUAAUGGGAGAUGCAAGAGACUUUUUUCAAAAAAUCACUCAUUUAAUCAUUGACGAAAUACAUGAGCGUGAUAAGGAUACCGAUUUCAUUCUGAUUACCGUCAAGGAACAAUUGAAGUACAAUAAAAACCUAAAAGUCCUGCUCAUGUCUGCAACAAUGGACAUUAAUUUGCUUUCCUCGUUCUUCAACGAUUGCCCUAUAGUAAAUGUUCCCGGACAAGGUUACAAUGUCAAAGUUUACCAUUUGGAAGAUAUACUCUUCCACACCGGUUAUCGUUCAUCCUUGAUGGAGAAAUACUUGCGUCUAGCUACAACAGACACACCAGCAAAACUAGUACAAGCUGACAUGCAUACCCAGAGCAACUUUGAUCUUAUCAUCAAUGAGAUAUUAGAAGCUAGCGGACGACUUGAAAGUACAAUUGAAUUCUUCGAUCAACUCCAGUACUAUAUAGAAAACGAAGGUGUUGCUAUUGAUUUAUGCCAUUCGAAAAGUGGCAAAACUGCACUCAUUACAGCAGCUCAAUGUAAUCAUCCGCGAUAUGUUAAACGUUUUCUCCAACUUAAUGCCGAUAUCAAUAUUCGUGAUUUUUCUGGAAAAUCUGCCCUAACCUAUGCUGCUGCAUUUGAAGAUGGCAUUUGUUUGAAACUACUUGCAAUGUCCCAUCAAAAUAACGAUAUACAAAUGAUGGAAAAACAAACACUGCUCACUGCUUAUGCCCAACAAUUCCAUGAUGAUAACGAAGUAGAUCACUAUUUGAUACUCUCUCUAAUCGAAGGACUUUAUCGUAGCAAACAUCCGGGAGCUAUAUUGGUUUUCUUACCUGGCUACAAUGACAUUGUAAUGCAAAGAGAUUUAAUAGAAAGCACUCUUCCUCCAGGCACAUACACUAUGUUCAUAUUGCAUGGUCAAAUGGAAUCUAGUGAUCAGAGAAUGGCAUUGCAACCUCAAAGAAAUCGAAAAAUUAUUCUAUCCACGAACAUUGGUCAAACUUCGAUUACAAUUCCUGAUCUGGCAUACAUAAUAGAUUCGGGGAAGGUAAAAAUGAAGACACAUGAUGUUGUUACAUCAUCCUCUGAGCUGCGCUCCGUGUGGAUCUCUCAAGCAGAUGCCAGACAAAGAUCGGGUCGUGCUGGUCGUACCCAAAACGGUGUUUGCUACAGAUUAUAUUCACAGGAAAGAUUCUUUCAAAUGAGUCCGCAUUGCAUUCCAGAACUCAUGCGCAUUCCAUUGACGGAAAUUUGUCUAUAUGCCAAAUCGUUUGAUCCACAAUCAGACGUACAAAGUUUUUUAUCGCGAGCUCUAAACCCGCCCUCCGGUCUAAUCGUGCAAAAUGCUAUAAAGAAACUCAAAAUUAUCGGUGUUUUUACCGAGGACGAACUAAUAACUGAAUUGGGUAGACAUUUAGUCGAUAUACCCGUAGAUGUACAAUUGGGCAAAGCUCUAAUGUAUGGAAUAUUCUUUAAGUGUGUCGAACCAUUAACUACUAUUGUAGCUUUCCAUUCAGUUAAGGAUCCGUUUAUUUUACCCACUGAUCGGGCUCUCCACGGCACCGCAUCGGUACAACGUAAAUCACUUUCCGGCGACUAUUUUAGUGACCAAAUGGGAAUCCUUGUACUCUACGAUUCAUAUAUGGCUAUACGAAAUAACAGGAGAAGAAAGCAAGAAUUCUGUAAUAAACAUUUUCUUUCCAUGCCAUGCAUGGAUAUAUUUUGCUCUACGAGAAAACAAAUUUACGAUGUUAUUGUCAGCAAGUAUUCCAUUGCAAUGGGUCAUCCAAAUAAUUACGAUUGGAAUCUAAUACGCAUGUGUUUGCUGGCUGGUCUCUAUCCAAAUAUUGCCCUGAUUGAUCGCAAACGAAUGACCAUCAAAUCAGGCACCGAUAAACACUUACUCCUGCAACGUAGUUCAUCGCUCAAUCCACCCGGCAAAAAAUCCCUCAAAGAAUUCGCCAAUAAGCUACCAUACGAUUGGCUUGUCUUCUACGAGAAGUCCAAACUCUUUAAUAAUUACAGCAUCAAUAUGAAUACUCUUGUGCCGCCUGUUAUGAUUGCAUUACAAUGUGGAAGAGAACAUCUUGUUGAAACAGAAGGUGAUGAUGAGCAAUUAACAAAUGAAGAAAACGAACAGAUUGCACGGACAAGUACGCUCUCACUAGACAGUUGGAUUAAAUUUGCCAUGAGCGAAAAUGAUGCUGAUAUAUUGGUAACCCUACGAAGUUUGGUCGAGAUUGAGUUUAUUAAGUUUUUAUAUCUUGGUCAUUCGGAGACAUCGGAAAAAGCUGUAGAGUUUGUCAGAUUUAUGCUAAAUGCCGAAGUUGAUGAAUGUACUCUUACAUUUAAACAGUAAAAAAAACAACAAAAACAAAAAAAAACGUAUAUA